GCUGGCGGACCUCAGGAACCCCCACCCCAUAGUAACCAUUAACAGAUCAUCCAGAAUAAAGGCAGGGAGCUCGUGUGGCACAUCAGGAUCCGACAUGACUUCACCCGCGCUGUUCCUGACCUUCAUCAGUGGCCUCACUGUGGCCCACUACGCUGCUGCUGGAGCUCCUGAGUUUGACGUCUUGAAGGAGAUCAAUGCAUUGAAAGCAGCUUUGGAAGCCAUAGAUGUACCCAAAGUAGCUUUUUCUGCCCGAACAGAUAAAGGCGGAACCUAUGGAAAUUUCCAGGGUGACAUAACUCUGACCUACAAUGCAUUGAUAACCAAUGUUGGGAAUGCUUAUAAUCCAACCACAGGGAUCUUCACUGCGCCUGUCAAAGGCCUGUAUUACUUCACCUUCUUUGCUCACAGUGGAGGAAAGAACCGCAUUAAACUAGAUCUCAGGAAGGAUGGUACUGUUGUUGCUGGCAUCCACGACCACCCGUCAACCAGUGAUUCUGCAGAUAAUGCAGGCAAUGCCAUCUUCCUGGAGUUGGAGCAGGGGAAUCAAGUGUAUGUGACUCUUUUGGCAAAGACAGCUGUUUGGGGGGAAGGAUUUGUCACCACCUUUAGUGGAGUUCUGCUCAGCAAGUCCUAACAGUUUUUCAAAAAUAAAAUAUGUCCCUUUAAAAA